AUGUCGUUUCCCCCGUCUCCUUCGUUGCUUGCUGCCACCGGACCUUCACCACCACCGUCCUCAGCGGUGGCGGGGGAGUUCAGUGACAUAAGGCAGCUGCUUCGAUUCCAGCAGCAGUUGGCAGAGGAGAUGGAGAAUGUGGCUAAGCUGCAGCGUCAGAACGCAUCAUUGAAGGACCGCGUCUCUGCGCUUGAAGAGCAGUUGGCAGGCGCCACAUCCUCCCUUGCGCGCACCGGGGACUGUGAGCAGCAGAUAUCGCUGCUGAUCGAGAGGCUUGGGAAGGAGAAGGAGAGACACAAGGCAGUGGCGGAGGAGCGGAACCAGCUGAAAGAUCACCUGCAGGAUCUUGAAGAAGAGGUAGAAGAGUAUCGUACUCGGGAAGAGGGCUGGAUAAGUGGACAGGAGCGGCAACAAGAGAAUGAGAUUGCCGCGCAGCAGCGCAUUGCCCAGCUCGAGAAUGACAUGCGUUCUUGCAACGCCAUCGUUGACAACCUCACAACCCAACUCACGGAAGCGAAGCACCUAAACGGAGUCCUACAAAAUCAGGUGAAAGAGCUGAAGGUAAGCUACUCCGCCCAGCUGGAUACCGUAAAGGAGUCGAGCUCCGAAACCGUGGAUCAGCUUCGCCAAGAGGUGGAGCAGCUGCGCAGCUCUUUGCAGAACCUGUCGACAGAGUACGAUACACGAACAGCAGAGCUGGAGAGAGAGGUGCAGAACGCAAACAUGCACGCCCAUCAAGCAGAGGCCCGUCUGAGUGAGAUGGCGCUUGGGUCUGUCAACACGCUGCAGGAUCUCCGUAGUGAACUCGAAGAUUCUCAGCGCAGCAGCGCCACCUGGAAGGCUGAGGCGCAGAAAGCGCGCCACGAGUAUACGACGCUACUCGAACAGUAUGCAUCACUGAAGCGGUCUCGAGCGGCAGCAGAGGCCGAUUUGCGCGACCGGCUCAGCUACGAGUCUAACACAGUGUCUGCUCUGCGGAAAGGCAUCCGUGAAUGGGAAGAUCGAUAUCUGGCGCUGCAGGAAUCGGUGGGCGCGACGCAGACGGAGAUAGAGGAGCAGCGAAAGACAAUCAUGCAGCUGGAAGCCACAAUUCAAAAGCUGAAGGCGUCCGGCUCUGACAUGCUGAGCCCGUCUCAGAGCGAAGUCGUUGUGAGUACGAACGCGCCGCCUGUGAAGGCUUCGUUCUCGGAGCCUUCACUGUCAGGAUUACCUUUGGACGAGAUACUGGGGAGGCGGCUAAUGCCAGCACCCCCACUGAACCCCUUCAUGAGCAUGGAGCGGCCAGCUUGGAGCGAUUCGAGGGACCGCAAAACACGCGAGCGACUCGAGCAGGAGGUAGUGCGGCAGUCCGCCGAACUGGAGCGCGUCCGGGCCGCAGUCGCUGACGCCGAAGUCUGGAAAGCAAAGUAUGAUCGCCUGCAAGAGGAGCACGACUUGCUGCUUCAGCUGUAUGGACAGCUCGAGGAAGAUGUCAGUGCGUUGAGGAAGAACGGCGCUGGGAUUUUGUCUGCUGACGCUGCCGCUACCUCUUCCACUUCCGGCUCUGUAUCUGCCGCUGCUGUGCCUUAG